AUGGAUGAAAGAUUGGUGAGUGAAUAUAGUGUACAAAGCUCAAACGCCGCCGCGUUUUUAAACGUUAAAUGUUUUUGUGACUAUCCACCAAUGAAACGUCCCCUUAAAGUUCAGCAGCCCGCUGAUAAUGAGGAAGACGAAUCAGAAAGCUUUAAAAAAGUUAGGCGUGUAGUCUGCAAAGGUAAAGCACCAGUCGACGUUGAAUGUGUUGCUAAAGUCAAUUCAGCUUAUGUUUAUUAUGAAGGCGAUGAUAUUUACGAUGCCAUGCUAAAUCAGACUAAUGUUCAAAAUAAUAACAAUAAAUACUACAUUAUACAGCUUUUAAAAGAUGAAAGUAUAAACAAUUACUCAGUCUGGUUUCGUUGGGGUCGAGUUGGGAAAUCUGGCCAAAAUAAACUUGAAAAUUUUGGUGGUAAUUUACAAGCUGCUAAGAGUUGUUUUGAAAAAAAGUUUCUAGACAAAACAUUAAAUCAGUGGGGAGAAAGAAAGAAUUUCAUAAAACACAAUGGAAAGUAUGAUAUGGUCGAAAUUGAUUAUGGUGUACAAGAUGAAAACGCAACUGCAAAGAAAAAGAAGGUUAAAGAAGUUAAAUCACGACUUCCUGUUGCCGUGCAGGUACUUAUGAAAUUAAUAUGUGACUUUAGUAAUAUGGAACAAGUUAUGACUGAACUAAAAUAUGAUUCACGCCGAGCUCCUCUAGGAAAGCUUAGUAAAUCACAAAUUCGUGCAGGUUAUACAGCAUUGGAUAACAUAUCCCAAAUGAUUGGUGCUUUGUCAGCUUUAAGUCAAGCGUGUAGUACUGAAACAGAAACUAAACCAAGGGGCAGAGUAAAACGUAUCGUCAAAACAAAUGUGGGUGAUAAACGUAAACUUGAAGAACAAUUACUGUUGGCCUGUAAUGAUUUCUAUACACGGAUACCUCACGAUUUUGGUAUGCGUAUACCACCGGUUAUUCGUACAAUGCCUGAAGUCAAAUCAAAAAUUGAACUACUAGAAGCCUUAUCCGAUAUUGAAUUUGCUGUAAAUAUUUUGAAGAAUAAUCAAUCAUCUACUGAAAAUAUUAUUGAUGUAAAUUAUAAACGACUGAAUUGUGACAUUAAACCUCUGCGAUCAACUGAUCCAAUGUAUUCGUUGUUAGUCGAUUACAUGCACGAAACACAUGGAGUUACACAUAAUUGGUAUACAUUGGAAAUAUUAGAUAUAUUCGAAUGUCAAAAAUCUGCAGAACAAGGAGAAUUCAAAGAUUACGGGAAUAGGAUGCUUCUUUGGCAUGGGAGUCGUUUAACUAAUUGGGUUGGCAUUUUAGGCAGAGGUUUACAAAUUGCUCCGCCUGAAGCUCCAUCUUCUGGUUAUAUGUUUGGAAAAGGUGUAUAUUUUGCUGAUUGUUCAUCGAAAUCAGCCAAUUAUGUUUAUCCAACACAAGCUAACAAUGUUGGACUCAUGAUUGUUUGUGAGGUCUCAUUAGGUAAACAAAGAGAAUUAUAUCAGUCAUGUUCUAAUGCUCAUGAAAAUCUCGCUGAUUAUCAUAGUGUAAAAGGUGUUGGUAAAUGGCGAACAGAUUCUGCAACAUGGAAAACUUUAAAUGAUGGUGUUAUAGUACCAUGUGGAAAAUUAAUUCAAGCACCUGAAAUUGAAGCAAAUAAAUGUACUUUACAAUUUAAUGAAUAUAUUGUCUAUUGUGUAAAUCAAAUACGUUUACGAUAUUUACUGAAAGUGAAAUUUAAUUUUGUUCAUUAA